AUAGAGAAAGAGAGAACCGGAAGCUGAGACUGGAGAACGAGGAAAAUGAGCGGAGUAUCAACAGCGGCGUACGUAGCUCGAAGGGCAGCGCAGAAGGAGAGGGUUCGGAUUCUCUACCGCCGUGCCCUCAAGGACACUCUCAACUGGGCUGUCCAUCGCCACCUCUUCUAUAAAGAUGCUUCGGACCUGCGUGAGAAGUUCGAUGCCAACAAGCAUGUGGAGGAUCUUGACACAAUUGAUAGACUUAUAGUGGAAGGGGAAGCAAGCUAUAAUAAGUGGCGGCCUGAUCCUUAUAUUGUUCCUUGGGCUCCUGGUGGUAGCAAGUUCACUCGAAAUCCAACUCCACCUGCUGGGAUUGAGAUAGUAUACAAUUAUGGUCGGGAAGAUAAUGAUUAAACCCCACAUUUUCCAAGGCAAGAAUAAGAUUGAAGUUUAUCAAUGGCCAUGGCUUGGGAGAAAACAAUUACAGCUGGCAUCUUGUUUUGUGUUAUUUAGGAGUGGCAACUGAUUGCCUUUAUAACAUUAUCAGAUGGUCUGUUGCUUCCAAUUUCUGUCUUAUGUCGUUUGGAUCUUGAUCUUUCUCUGGUGAAUUUACCAAACAUUUGUUGAUAAGACAGACACCUUACCUGACUGAGUUAAUAAUGAACAAAAAUUUGUUCGUCCUCUUUUAA